AUGGUAAAAGAUUUGGAGCACGAUGAAUAUCGUCAAAUGCGACGGAUAGCAUUUCUUGCAAUUGUCGUUUCAACCGUUGCUGUUAUUUCAACAGUGAUUACUUUACCAAUGCUUUAUAGUUUCAUUCAGACAUUAGAAAAUCAUUUAUUGUUUGAAAGUCAUUUUUGCAAGUCUCGAUCAAAGGAUAUGUGGUCCGAAAUUACAGCACUCCAGAUUGGUAAGAAAUUUUUCAGUCGCAUUAAAAGAGAAUGGUCAUUCGGUAAAUGGACAUCGGUUAGUUCUUACCAAGAUAUUGGUAAUGGCUAUAGUACCGGUAGUAAUUAUGGUGCAAAUCCAAUUUCACAAAUUAAUGAACCGGACCGGAUAAUGAGUGGCAAUUAUGAUUGGCAAUGCUGUACGUGUCAUGCGGGUGCAGCAGGACCUCCCGGUCCAGAAGGUGAGGAGGGAAAAAAGGGAGCGGAUGGAUAUCCGGGAAGAAAUGGGAAACCGGGAAAGAAUUCGAAAAUUCUUCCAUUCCCUUCAAAGGAGAAUAUUGAGGAGCAAGAAGCAUGCAUGUUUUGUCCACCAGGUCCUCCAGGAAAUCCAGGUCCUAUGGGUCCCAAAGGACCCCCGGGUCCUAAAGGAGCGCCUGGCAAUCGCGGAAAUGAUGGCGAAACAGGUGAAGAGGGGUUAGCUGGACAAGCGGGACUUAAAGGUAAACGAGGACGGCCGGGAAGACCAGGUAUACGCGGUAUACCAGGACGGCUAAUUUAUAUACCAGGACCCAUUGGUUCAGAUGGGCCAAAAGGCAACUUCGGUGAUUUGGGUCCAAAGGGUCUGCCUGGUGUCGAAGGUAUCUCUUACCCAGGUCCACCUGGUGAACCAGGUGAUGAUGGUAGGAAUGGACCAGAAGGUAAACAAGGCUUACCUGGAUUGUUAGGUCCUGCGGGUGAGGAUGGUGAACCAGGCAGUUGCAAUCAUUGUCCAGCUCCGCGAUUACCGCCAGGAUACUGA